AUGUCCCUCACAGUGGAUCCUCCAGCAGCCCAAGUUCCAGCCGGCGGCGGAACCUCCGCACACAAGCUCGCCAAUGGCGGCGACGCCAAGCUCGUCUUCAAGGUAAACUCAUCAAGUUUAUUAUUGGAUAAAAUAAUCCAGAAAAAAAGGGAAAAAUAAAAAAAUUUUUUCUCUUGUUUUUCUUUUUAUAAAAAAACGGAAAGCGAAAGUUUCUUGGCGAUUUCUGUGACUUUCUCUCGUUGUGUGAAUGAUCCAAGAAGAAAAAUUUGUUUAACAAAUCUGAAGGCUUCGAAAGUUUUUUUAUUAUUACUAAAGCCAUUUUAUAUCAACUCAAAUUUUUUUCUAAAGUUUUUAUAAACUUGUCGUGUGCUGUUCAGAUUUUGAAUGUCAAGUAGAAUGGCUUCAUUCGAAAACGCUCUGUGUGUGGCUCGCUCUCUGAUUGGUUUAUCGCGCCAUUAGGGGACGGAGCUACAGCGAGGACGUGACAUUUGAAAUCUGAACAGACUAUGAGGAGACCAUUAAAAGUGCCUACUCACUUCCGAUCACUACAAAGAGAACUGAAAAGAUUCAAACGAGUUUACAAGUAAAUUGCUAGGAACAUUUUUUUUAAAAACUAUGAAUACGGGACGAAUCGCAGGUGAAGAGUUCGAACAACACAGAAUACCGGAUCAAGCCGGUGUUCGGCUUCAUCGACGCCGGGGCGACGACUGACCUGACCCUGACGCGGCUCUCCGGACCGCCCAAGGAGGAUAAACUCGUGGUGCAGUUCGCGCCGGCGCCCGCCGACGCCGCCGAUCCUCAGGCAGCUUUUGGUGCCGUACAACCUGCAGGCAACGUCACGAUUCCCAUCACGGCCGCCUAA